AUCUAUCCUUCUAUUUAUAUCAACUUUUUGCUUCGAACUUUCUGACACAUAACUACCAUGGCCGACACCGAGGCUGCCCCUGUCGUCGCCCCUGUUGCCGAGGAGGCUCCUGUCGCCGAGGCCCCAAAGGCCAAGGCCCCCAAGGCUAAGGCCCCCAAGGCCCCCAAGGCACCUAAGGAGCCCAAGGCGCCGAAGGAGAAGAAGCCCAAGGCCGCUCCGUCCCACCCUCCCUACAUCGAGAUGGUCAAGGAUGCUAUCACCACCCUGAAGGAGCGGACGGGCUCCUCCAUUCCGGCCAUCAAGAAGUUCAUUGACACCAAGUAUGGCAAGGACAUCCACGACAAGAACUUUGCGAAGACCCUGACCCAGGUCAUUAAGACGUUCGUUAAGAGCGGCAAGCUUGUCAAGGUCAAGAACUCCUUCAAGCUGAGCGACGCUCUGAAGGCUAAGAAGUCGACGCCCAAGAAGGCCGCGGCUCCUAAGAAGGCGGAGGGCGCCAAGAAGACCAAGGCCCCGAAGAAGGAGGGCGAGAAGCCUAAGAAGGCCGCCGCUGAAAAGCCCAAGAAGGCCGCUGCUGAGAAGCCGAAGAAGAAGGCCGCGGCCGAGAAGCCCAAGAAGAAGGCUGCCUCCGCUGAGAAGCCCAAGAAGAAGCCCGCCACGCCCAAGUCUGCUGAGAAGAAGGCUGCCCCCAAGCCCAAGAAGGCCGACGCUAAGCCCAAGAAGGCCGCUCCCAAGCCGAAGAAGGCCGACGCCAAGCCCAAGAAGGCAGAGAGCAAGCCGAAGAAGGCUGACGCCAAGGCCAAGAAGGCUACCCCGACCAAGAAGGCCACUCCCAAGAAGGCUGCCGCUAAGGACAGCGCCAAGAAGGGCAAGAAGUAAAUGUUUUCAUCCUCAGCCUCUUAAUCUUGUGGGCUAACGAGCCCUUGUUUCCGGCACGUUGGUGCCAUUUACAAAUCGGUG